AUGUCAGAAGAAGAAUUUUGGCCCGAGUCUGAUAUCAAAGCAUGGGUACAAGCUCAACCUACAGAACAACAGACCGACCCUGCUGAACCACAAUCCCCACCUCUCGAAAUGCUUCCUCUCAUCGAAGUUGAAUCUCAAACAAUGGAGGUGAUACAAGAACGACCGAUGGAAGAAGUGGCGAUCACCCCGACCAAAUAUAUGCCUCCCGGAGUAGGAACAAGAAAACAUUCUACCUUGAGCGUUGGUCUCGGCGCUGGGUUACGACCAUCGUUAUUAGGACCACCGUCGAUUCUUCGUAGGUCAAGCGUCGUCGCUACAUACGAGACUUCCACUCAUCAAAUGAAAGAAGACAAGGAAAUGUCAAUACCAGAGAGAAUCCCCACGCCUUUCCCUUCCACUCAGUCCAGAUUAUCGGCAGUGUCAAUCGGACACCGACAUAGCGGAACUUCAAGACAUCUCGAUCGGGCGAGUGACUCGAUAGAACCGAGUGGUAUUCAACGUCGUUUCAGUGAAAGGACAAGAGAAAGACGCUCUUCUGAUCGUAUUCAAGAAAUUUUACCAAUAACUUUCGAACCGACCUUCACCUUGAAUACAGAUACACUUUCUCAACUUUUACUAUUCCUUCGACAACAUCCUUCUUCCUCUCCCGAAUUUCUCAUCCCACUUACCAUCGUGAUUCCAGAAGGUAUCCCCUUCUUCCCAUGUCUCAACGCUUUACGUAGGAUUCGACCUUCCCCGUCUCCACCUUUAUUCCCCAAUGUCGAAUUUCUCGUUCUAGGUCCUACCGCAUACACACGUUUGGCAAAAUACGACACAAUGGAAGAAGAUCCUUUUGUAGAGCUUUUGCCUCGAGUUUUGACCCCAAAACAUCUAUGUGUCACUAUGCCACCCCCUCGUCGACCGCGACCGUCUUUAUCUCGUCGGAUGAGCAACCAAAGUUGGGCAAGGGAGAUUGGGCGUGGGAUGAGGGAUGGACGAGCACGUAAGGGAGCAUCAAUAGGAAGGAAAGGAGGAUUCGAGUCAAGUGAAGAGGGAGGAAAAGAAAAAAGGAAGAACAAUAGGAAAGGUAGGAUUGAAGGUGGACCCUUGGAAAUAUGGGGAAUCUUGGAAAGUGUUACGGUACAUUAUCGAUUGGAAAGACCGGUUUUACCUCUUUCCACUAAGAAGUUGAGGACUUCUGCAUUAUAUGAGAUGGAUGGGGUUCCAACGGAAUCGGAGGGAAUGCCGGGAGGAAGUGUGGUAGGUUCUGAGUCGGUAAAAAAGGAGAGGGAGAGACGACAGGUGGAGGAGGAAGAAGAGAAUAAACCUUGUGUUUGUUGUGGGCAGAUGUGA